GCUGACCUCGAAACAGACAAUAUUGACUGAAGUUUAACUUAUUAUAGGACAGUUACGAAUUCAUCUGUAUGUUAUCUUCUAUCAGUUUAGCAUAUCGUUGAAUAUUUCAAUGAAGAAAUUUAAACGCAUUAAUUGUAAAAUAUGUUGUAAUGAUCAAAUAUGGAGUAGAGAUUAAAGCUAAGUUUAGCCUUUUAUAACCAGGAAGUAAUAUAUAUUUACGAAAAAUGCGAAGUGGGACACAAAGUCAAUAAUAUCAGCACAAUAUGGCGGCCAGUAAAGAUUUCACUAAAUCCACAUCGAAGGGAUCCGAGGAGAUGUUCGAUAUAUGUUGUUCCUCUUGCAAGGAACAUGGAAAAACAAUAGAGGCAAAGAAAUUUUGUGUCGAAUGUGGACUGUAUUUCUGUGAAAACUGUUUGGGAUUUCAUAAAAUAAUCCCGUCAUUACAAUCUCAUCAUAUUGUCGAUUCGCAAGGAGAACAAACACAAGGCAAAGGUGAGAAGCUGGAGUUGCCAACACAGAGAUGUUCCACACACCACGGAAAGUUGAUGGAUAUGUUCUGUGGUGACCACGAUGAAGUAUGUUGUGGAGCUUGUAUUGCUAUUAAACACAGAGCAUGCAUCAACGUUGAUUACGUUCCCAAUGUUGCCAAAGGUAUAAGAAUGAGCAACGAGUAUAAAGACGUCAAAGGUUCUAUCACUGAGGUACUGAAUAACAUGAAACAAGAGAAAACUAUAAGGACGACCAACCUUACAAGUCUCGAAGAUGAGAAAAUCAAGGUACUGCAAGAGGUAGACCAAUAUCAAGAGGAGAUAGAUCUGAAAAUAAAGGAGCUAGCUGAAUCAUCAAGACAGGAUAUCCGAUCAAAAUAUGAGAAAAUAAAGAAAGUCAUCACAGCUGACGUGGAUACUUUAGAUACGUUGAUUUCAACGACAGAUACAAACUUGCAGAAGCUUUCCAUCACGAAUGAAGCCCAACUCUUCGUAAAUGUCAAAGCCAGUAAAAUGGCAGUUAAAGAUGGUGAUUCUGUUUUGAGGGAGAUGUCCUCAAGCUGGACAAAUAAACAUUUGAAAUAUGCUCGUGAUGAAAACCUCAAAGAUAAGAUUUCUAGUAUGGUAUCUUUCGGAAAUCUUGAAGACGAGGAAGAUGUUAAAGAAUACAAAGCAACGUUGUAUGGAAAAUUUAAUGUCAAGCAGAAUACUGACACUCAAGCGUCAUUGGCCAUUACCGGGAUAUGCCCUUUACAAAAUGGUUCCUUUCUGCUCGCAGAUUAUCACAAUAAGAAGUUAAAGCGAUUAGAUACUAGCUAUGUGAUUAAAGAGUCCAUACCGAUUGACGGCAGUCCCAUUGGACUUUGCAGUGUCGGGAAGAAGGAAGUUGCCGUUUGCCUGCAUUUUGUUGGUAAGAUACAGUUUGUGUCAGUUGAAAAUAGCUUGAAAUUGACGUCAACCAUUUCCGUAGAUACAACCUGCCAUGGGAUUUCCUACGGGGAGACUAUUGAUGAAAUGUAUGCAUGUUGUGGAGCAUCUAUUAAGGUGUACAACAGGGCAGGUACUUUGUUAAGGGCGUAUGAUAAGGGUACCAAUGGGGAACAACUCUUUUAUAGCACUCGACAAGUAACUGUCAAUGCAGUGAAUAGUCAGAUCAUCGUUGCAGAUGACAAAAAAGGGCUCGUAGCUUUGGACAUUCGGGGCACGAAUGAAUGGCUGCUAAGUGACCAAGAACUUAGUAGUGUUUGGGGACUUUGCAUAUUGCCAAAUGGUAUUAUAUUAGCCAGCGGAAACACUUCAAAUAAUGUUCUGCAGGUAGAUAAAACAGGGAGAAAAAUGGGAGUGUUGUUAGGAGCCAUGGAGGGGUUAAAAUAUCCAUAUUCACUUGCGUUUGGUAAACGUGAUUCAAGGCUGAUUGUAGGAUGUAAUUCUGAAGAAAUAUUUGUUUAUACACUUUCUAGAAAAUAGUCAAAGAAAUAUAAAAUGUAGUAUCAUUUAUGUAAACAGGCACAGCAUUGUUUAAAAUUUUGUUAUUUUAGUUGUACUAGAGGAACUUAAAAGUCUGGUUUAACUUCACACACACACGCUCACACGAACGCGCAUGAACGCACGCACGCACGCGCACAUACCAAGUUUUAAAUGGACAAGAACAUGAAAUGAUGCGUAUUUCACUGUCUCUACGUGUGUGACACAGACUAAAGAUACGCAGCAAACCGAUGUUGUUUAGAUUGAGAACAUUUUCAACAGUGUUUGUGUAUUUGAUUUGGAAAUUGCUGUGAGUGUUUGUGUUAGACUUUAUUGUAUUUGAAAUAACCGUGUACUUUAAUUUACAUUAUUUAAAUUUGUAUGCCUUUUAUUUAGAUUGGCUUCACGCUGUAAUAAAUUUGCGA